GUUUUCUCAGAUAAACUUACAAGGGAGUGCCCCGGAGCCAGUGACAAGGUGAAAGCUGGCAGACAGCCAUACAGUUACAUUAAACUGAAACUCUGGGAAAGCAACACGACCCGAAAAAAACAAUGGGGAGGAGAAACCCCGAUUAAGGAGCCUAUUCACUCCCUGACGCUUCUUAGAAGAGCUGUAUUAUGAGGUUUGAUGAAUACAGAUCAGGUAAAGACAAACCUCCCACACUACAAGUGAGAUUACCUGCUGUGUUGUUGAUAAUACCCUGAGCUAGAGCUGUCUCCUCCUGCACAGUCACUGCUGCUACUGCCCCUCUGCACCAGCCAGUGCUUUGAGGUCCAUCAGCACCUAAAGACUCUUUCUGCCCCCUUAUUGCCCUCUGACUGACCGGCACACCUUUUACCCGACCAAGGGCAUGUGUUGCUGAAUACCUGCCAGGAUGUACCACACACCAACCUUGCCAUUCACCAUUCUCUCCAGCCUCACAGCUGAGUUGGGCAGCAGUGCUAGCCAGGCGGUGCUAACAGAGUUUUCCUCCUUCCAAAAUUCCUGGGACCAUUCAGAGUAUGGUUAUGGAGCCAAUGACAUAGAUCUACCUUUUUUGGCCUAUCUGACCUCCACUGAUUAUUCCUCAGGGGAUUCGGACACUUGUAACGUGAUUGACAGCACCAGCAACAGUGACACACUCCCUCAGUUUACAGACCUGUUGGCCACAGUGACAACACACAGAAGGAAUUUGGAUCAACAGGUUUUACAGGAGAAGACAAAGUUUCAGGCUCCAGUUUGUGAAAAAGAGACCAGUCUUUCAGACAUAAAACCAUCUCAAGUGGCUCGGAAAGAGAAAAACCGGAAAGGUCCCAGAGGAAACAGAACAAAACACAGUGUGCACCUGUGGGAAUUUGUGCGCGACCUACUACUGAGUCCCCAAAAGAACCAAGAAGCCGUCCGCUGGGAGAACCGCAAAGAAGGGACGUUCCGCGUCAUUAGGUCUGACAUGUUUGCACAGCUAUGGGGAGAGCAGAAAAAGAAUAAGUGUAUGAACUACGAGAAGUUAAGUCGGGCUUUGAGGCACUACUACAAGUCAGGCAUUCUAGAACGCGUGGACGGGAGGCUGACGUACAAAUUUGGGAAGAAAGCGCAUGGAUGGAGAGAGGAGUCACCUACACAACUCACUAAGUUACCUCAGGAGUAAUGAGAAAGCACGGGAGUAUGGACUAUUCAUCUCACUACAUGUCAGAGAGAUACUGCAGACGGAGAGCUCCUCACUAUGCAAUCGCCCUUUCAGUCACUCCAAAGAGGCAGGAGCGUGGGACAAUCUGACCUGUGCUCAGGACAAAAUGUACAAGGAAUUCUCUGGGAUAAAUGUAUUAGUGUCCGACUGACAGGCAUCAGCAAGUUUCCGGUGGGUCUUCCCGAUGUCUUAAAGUGGCCAAACCAGGUUGGUUUUGCCUUUUUACAUGUAUUCCCGUUUAUGGCAUUGGGCUGACAUGCCGGGAACUCACAGAUGCCUUGCAGGCUAGUAAAGAGGUUCUCAAACGGUGUCCUCAAGUCACCUUAACCACUUAACUGGGUUUUUUAUGAGCGAAUUAGGUGAAGAACAUUAAUUUAACCCUAUGCAAAAUGAUUUUAGUUAAAAAAGAAAAGGAGACAUUAAAAAAAAUAAUAUAUAUACUGCUUCAUACUUCCCAACAUGACCCUCUCCAGGAGGGACAGAAUGUUCUGCUCCUGGACUUUCCUCUUAUGUAUGAUUGCCAUCACCUGUGCCGUAACACCUUUCUUAUCCAUUAACCUGUUCAACUCAGGUGCUGGCAAUCAUACAUUAAGGAAAAAAAGUCCUGAAGCAGAUCAUUGUGUCCCUCCUGGAGAGGGUCAUGUUGGGAAGUAUGCUGCUUGGUGUGGUCGCAUCUGAUGUGACCAUGCCAGGCAAGUGGUUACAGGUCCUGGUUUUAAGCAUAUCCAUGCUACAGCACAGGUGACUAAAUUAGUACUACCGUCAAUUUGAUUUUGAUUUUACCGUCUGUGCUCAACCAUGGAUAUCUUUAAAGCCUGGACUGUUUGUCCUCAAGGCACACUGAGUUUAGGAACACUAGGAUAGUACAUUUAUCAUCUAUGCUCAACUAUGGAUAUCUUUAAUGCCUGGACUGUUAGGUGCCUUGGGGACAGAGUGUGGGAACCUCUGGUUAAGGACUCUCGAAACUACUGGUCUGAGCAGGUAAAACUCUGCAAUUCUGCCUGGGUUGUUAGCGUAGAGGAACAGGGUGCUCUGCCAUUGACUUGUACAUAUGUGUGGUUAUUAAAUAUUAUGUUGUGCCUUGAUAGGCUGAAAUUGACA